AUGCCUGUUACAAUGUUUAAGUCGAGCUCUCUGUUAGGACACACUUCGAAAAGUUCUGCUGUAGAGUUAGGUUCACCAUCGUCCUCGGAAGACCCAAAACCCAGCAAAAUUAGCAACUCUAAUGAGAGCGGAGAUCAGACUGUACGCAUAGAAACAUGGUUAAAUUGGGGAGACAAACGUAUUGAUUCUGGGAUUUCCGAAGAUCGGUAUGACUGCGGUCACCAAUCACCAGCGAGUAAAAGGUCUUCGAGAAGGGCGAAAUUGAAACGGCAGCAGUGUGGCUUCGAGGAUUGCAACUGUAGCUUCCAACGAUCUGACAAUUUGAAAGUCCAUCGAGUCCGUAAGGGCCAUUUCUUACCAAGUGACCCAAGAGGCAUUAGCAGUAGGGCCUCUGAAAAGAUCGGUCAGCGGUCGAGUGAUACUGUUUCAACCCAACAGAUUCGCUCGACAAACACCUCGCAAGGAUUCAAUAUCCAAGAGUCGGAAACACCCACUAUGAAUCAACAUGCGACUUCUUCAGAAACAUCUGGUCCAUCCGAAAAUUCAGUGGAAGAACGCUCCAUGGUAAAAAACGUAGUUGCAUGGAUAGAGCCUACUAGCGACAAAUAUCGCAUCCAAAACCCAGUUACAAUACCAGUCACCAACGUACCAGUUGCCAAAUCCCAUAACGCUGACGAAAAGUCCGAAUCAGAGUACAAAGACUUGAGCAUUGAAUUCACAGACACCGAAGAAGAGGCAAGGUUCCAGCGCGAGAUUCAAAGAAUACAGAGGUUACACACAUCUAAGAGGCUUUCUGGUGGUACGGCAAAUGAAACCCCAAUCCAGAAGAGUGAACAAGUGAGCACCAGCCGAUCACAUAGCGAUAUCGGGGCCCUGAAUAUUGAGAACAUUGCUGCUGGUGCCCCUGAUAAUAGUAUACGUCAAGCAGUACAAGGAGGACAAGCACAAUUUGGUGGUCCGGGCAAUGAGCCUUGGAUGAAGAGCGAAUUUGGUCGAAUGUUUUCUGUUCUUCUUGGUAGUGCCGGAAAUGGGCUCGGAUCAUCAAAUCAUGUCCCUACCAGUGCUCAAUCGAUGAAAACUUCUAACUCUGGUGCGGAUGAUGCGGAUCUGAACAACUUUCUUGAUGGUGAUAUCCCAAAGCUAGCUUGCCCAUCGAAUGAGGCAAGAGACGAAAUACCUCCCAAUGUAGAGUCUAUCUUCAACACGGACCAUGAAAUGGACGUACAAGAGAACAAGAACGUUUCUUCUUCUGCAUAUCCGUCGUGGAUGAUGGCCGCGUAUCACGCUGCAGUUGACUUACUACACGGUCAAACGGAAUCAUUUAGCGUUCCACAAACGCCUAGCAGAUCCGUUUUUGUAUGGCAACAAGAAGAGACGAAUUCGGCUCUUACUCUGAAUGAGGUAAUUGGAUCCAGACUCACAAUUAUCAAACCAAGUGAGAAGAAUCUCAGGUGUAUAUAUGAGGAAUCUGAUCUGCCUAGCAACAAGCGAAAGGGAAAAAGGAGUAUGUUUGUUCUGGGAGAUCCUUCCGACGGUGAAGAAGAUUCAGCUGAUGACACGACACCAUGUCCUGGUGCUGAAGAGACUCUUGCCACAACCCGUGAGGCUUUAUCUGAUGGUUUUGAGACCCUAGAUAUGCAAGCCCCUUUUUCGAGCAAAAGGCGAGACUCAGGGACCUGGUCGAUAACCUCGCUUGCAGAAAGUGUUUUCUCUUUGGAGUCAGGAAUGACCCGGUCUACAGCCUCAUCACUCAAUACACCGCAAGAAUUGAUCGAGCGCUUAGUUGGACUGUUUCUAGAAGAUAACGAUUUUCAGACAAAUUGUCUGCGCGCUUUGGAUAAUAUUAGACGAGAGCGAUUCGAGCGAAAUUUACGAAAGCUGUUGAUAAUAUUCGCUAGUCAGCUGCGAGCAGAAGCCAAAUCGGAAAACGAAAGAAACGCCGCGCGUUUUGUGAAACAUCGUGCAACGAAUUCUGCACAUUUGAUUUGUAGCAAACUCAACCGGACAGAGAACGUUCGAUUCCAAAAGGCAGUUGGAGUUCAAGAGGAGGUUGAUGAAGCAGACGAUGAGAGCGAGUCUGACAGAUCAGAAGGAGAUAUUGACAACUUGCUUCACCUCGAGACUUUCAUCAAAACAUCGGCAUCAUUGAUAUUUUUGAAAACUGCUUUAGAACUCUACGUCCACAACGUUAUUAGCAACGGAAUCUCAAACAAGGCCACCACUGGACUUGAGUGCCCUGCAGCCUCACAGGCAGGAAUGAAUAAAGUGGGAGACAAAUUGUCGCUGAUGGUAUCUAAACUUCCCAAUAUCCAGCACUACAGAACUCUUCUGGGUAUCGAGUCCCAAUUAGACCCCGAAAAGAAGCAGGCCAUAAUUCUUGAUGCCCAAAAACAACUCAGAAGCUAUUUCAAUCUGGAUCACAGAUCUGAUGAUCGAGACGAUCCCACAUUAUCGUGGCUAGAAGGUGUCACCCGUAACAGCAUAGUGGCUAUGCCGACGCAGCAGCACUUCGCUGGCACUGAAUUAUCGAAGCGAGUUCUUGCAUCUGAAGGCUGGAGGAAAUGUACAUUGCUCCUGGAGCAGCUGGAAAUUAUCAGGCCCGAAUUACAAUUUGGGAAAACUAGGAUUGAAUGGAAAUGCAAAUGUGGCCACACCAUUUAUGAUGACUUCACCGAGCUCAAGCCUGGUGCGGCAGAAAGAUACAGAAACAUGCUUGACAGUUCAAAAAUUGCUACAAAUGGAGAAAAGUCACAUUCAACAGCUACCACCAGGAAUUCAAUGUCAGGAUUCAUCCAAGCCAUCCCAAACCCUCACCCUCCCACCAUACCGAACCACUCUACCUCCUCCUCUGCUACCCCCCAAGGCCGCUAUGCAACCCGCCUCCUCCAACUAGACCUAACCCAAAAAGCCUUCUGCGACAAAACCCUCUUCACUCUCCUCCGCCAAAACUACAUCUCCAUGCGCGGCAAAUACCUCUCCCUCUUCUCCUUCCGCAUCCUCCACAGUAUCAAAUUCGUCCAAUUCGAUCUCUACAAGAGCUACCUCGUCGACGUACGCAAAGAGAACGUCAUCCCCUCCCCAAACAAUCUAGAAUACCGCUACCUCCCCGCGCCCCCAGAACUCGUCCCGCCGGUGGGCGAAAGACAUCUCAUGCACCUCUUCGAACACCCUGAUCACGCAGAAGACGAGGCGAUUUGCUUUGAUCGCUUCCCGAAGAAGUUGCGCGAGAAACUAGCGUGUGAGAGGGGCAUCAAUCCCGGCUGGGGAUUGCAGUUUGUAGAGGGUUGGGAUGGAAGGAAGGUUUGGGGCGUGGUGUUUGUGAUGUUUGGGGUGGGCAGUUUAGUUAUUGCGGUUUUGUGGAGUGUAUUUGGACAUAGUAUACAGGAUGCUUUUACGAUGGCGAGUUAUGCUGUUGCGAUGGGGAUGGUUAGUUUGGGGACUUUGCAGGCUUUUUUGGUAGGUUGA